UCGAUGCUGAUGAGAUCAAAAGGCUAGGAAAAAGGUUUAAGAAACUUGACUUGGACAACUCCGGAUCUCUGAGUGUAGAGGAAUUCAUGUCUUUACCUGAGCUGCAACAGAACCCUCUCGUGCAGCGAGUAAUAGACAUAUUUGACACUGAUGGAAAUGGAGAGGUAGACUUUAAAGAAUUUAUUGAAGGAGUUUCUCAGUUCAGUGUAAAGGGUGACAAGGAGCAGAAACUGAGGUUUGCUUUCCGUAUAUAUGACAUGGACAAGGAUGGCUAUAUCUCAAACGGCGAGCUUUUCCAGGUGUUGAAGAUGAUGGUCGGAAACAACCUCAAAGACACACAGUUACAACAAAUAGUAGACAAAACGAUUAUCAAUGCAGAUAAAGAUGGUGAUGGGAGAAUAUCUUUUGAAGAAUUCUGUGCUGUCGUAGGUGGUUUAGAUAUCCACAAAAAGAUGGUGGUCGAUGUGUGA